AUGCUGACCGUACGAUUGGGAUGUCUUCAGCCUUCCCAAAAAUCUUUCAGGACAAAGCGCAUUCUCGCUAAGGCUUCGCGCCAGAACCGCCCCAUUCCCCAGUGGUUCCGUCUCAAGACCGACACCAAGAUCCAGUACAACGCCAAGCGUCGUCACUGGAGGCGCACAAAGCUCAACAUCUAA